AUGACACAUAAACUAGUUACCCCAUUGUUUCUCAUUUUUUUCUUCAUCUUCUCUACACUUUAUCAUGCAGUUUUAUCAGAUGAUCAAUCAAAUAAGACAGAAGAAGCAUCUCCACCACCACCAUCACCAUUUGAUUUCCUAAAGAAUUUGCAGGGAUCUCAAAAGGGUCAAAACGUUAAAGGCGUCAAAGAGCUAAAAGAGUACCUUAAACGAUUUGGCUACCUAAACCAUGACCAGUCCAGCAGCAAUUAUUUGAACACCAACAACAAUAAUGAAGGUGGUGGUGGUGAUGAUGAUUUCGAUGAGCAAACAGAGUCUGCCAUCAGAAAGUUUCAGCAGAAUUACAAUCUCACGGUAACAGGAAGCUUAGACUCAAAAACUGUAUCGAAGAUGAUGAUGCCACGAUGUGGUGUGCCAGAUAAAAUGAAUGGUAACAAUGCAGGAUUUCAUCUUGACUACAAAUUCUACGAUGGAAAUCCAAAAUGGCCACCUUCUAAAUCAACACUUACCUAUGGAUUCCUGAAUGGAACACCAAGACAAGGAGUAUACGCAAUUCGGAAAUCUUUACAGGAUUGGGCAAGUGUUAGCCAUUUUACGUUCAAGUACACUGAAGAUUAUGCAAAUGCUGACCUGAAAUUUUCCUUCCAGAAAAGGUAUCAUAAAGAUAAUGAUCCUUUUGAUGGUCCUGGUGGGGUUUAUGCUCAUGCUUGGGCACCACCCAUUGGAGCAGUUCACUUCGACAGUGAAGAGAGAUGGACAUUAGGUAAAUUUCCCCAUUCUAUUGAUUUGUACACCAUUAGCUUGCAUGAAAUUGGGCAUGCUUUGGGUCUUCAACAUAGCACAGUUCAGGCUGCUGUUAUGUAUCCAUAUGUUGGGGCUGGAGAGGUCAAGAACUUGCAGGACGAUGAUAUUCAAGGAAUUAGGGCUUUGUAUAAUUUAUAA